GUCACAAUCAGUUGGUGUCCGGCGCAGGCGCGGAGAGGGUCUACGCGGCCAGGCUGUGUCACGUCCCGGAUUAUCACCCCUCUUCCUCCCCUGUGUAAUUAACCUUCAAAAUGGCCAAGGCGGAGCAGGUGCUGGUCCUCGAGCCGUCCCAGGAGCUCAAGUUCAGAGGCCCCUUCACGGAUGUUGUCACGUCUCAGCUAAAACUAUCAAACCCCUCAGACAAGAGAGUAUGUUUUAAGGUCAAAACAACAGCUCCCCGACGGUACUGCGUGCGGCCAAACUCCGGGGUGGUGGAUCCCAAUGGUUCGGUGAGCGUGGCGGUGAUGCUGCAGCCCUUCGAGUACGACCCACACGAAAAGAACAAGCAUAAGUUCAUGGUGCAGAGCCUCUUCGCAUCUGGGGACGGGGAGAUCAGCCUCGACAGCUUGUUCAAGGAGGCGGACAUGAGCCAGUUGAUGGACUCCAAGCUUCGGUGUGUGUUUGAGUUACCAGCCGAUGCAACAGCCCAGGCCCCGCAGAACAACUUGGAUGCCUCGCCAGCACUCCAGCCACAUUUGGAGGCCAAGCCAUCACCCAAGUCAACCAACAGCGAUGCGGAAAUCAAGAAGGCUGCCGACGAGAUCAAACGACUUCGAGAGGAGAUAAGUUCACUGCGUCAGGAAAAUCUUCAAAUGAAGGAGGAGGCCCUGAGGCAACGCAGCACCCUCAACCCCGGGGAGAAGAAGCCAACUGUGGUGUCCAGCGUCAUCCCCCACCACGAGAUGCAGCAAGCCAACCCCAUGAUGCACCUGGUGGCUGCGCUGCUCAUCGCCCUUGUCGGCCUAAUCUUCGGCAAGUUCAUCCUCUGAAGACCUUGGACCCGAGAGAGAGCACCAGGUGGUAGUGAGGACAUUGGCCGACACGAACCCGGCGACUGAGAACACCAAGCCAGUCGUCCACUCUGAGCUGACGCGCCCCACUCACCGCUCCACCAGUCAGUCAGUCAGUCAGGGGUUGUUGUCGGGUGGCGGCCCAGUUACCAGCGGGAUGUGCCACGGCCGCCGCCCUCCGCCUGUCUGUCUAUCUAUCCGCAGCUGUUUGUUUUGCCUUUGAUUCCAUGAUGAUGAUGAUGAUGAUGAUGACUUGGAUGUGUUUAGUACCACUUUUUGUUCUUGUUUUCACCGUCAGUCACCCGGGCAUGUCCACAAGUCUUAUUCAAGUUAUAAUAAAUGUGGAAAGCGAAACGUCUUCUCACUCCAGGUUUGUGAGGCCAUCGCCGCCGCCGCCGAGGCCGCCACUCGGGGCGCAGCUGCCGGGGGGUUGGGGCGCCCGCCGGGGCCCGCUAGAGUGCUUACCGUUGUUGGUCUAGGAGUUAAUCUUAAAAAAAUACAGUUAUACAAUUUUUAAUGGUCAAUUAUUUUGUAUGAAAACUGUGCAGAAAAUGUUAUAUACUACUACUACUUUUUAUUUUUAUUUUUCACAGACAGUUAUUAGCAUUUUUGCAUUCUGGAGAUGCAUCCAUCACUCUGCCUGUGAUUAGUUACGACUCACAUUGUGAAAUACUUCAUGUGCUCUUUUCAUAUACAUAUAUAAUUUAGCAAUAGGUCGAGCAGCAGCAAGGGUCCAGUCCCCGCGCCAGACCGACCAGGAAGGCUGCGCCGGGCCUAGAGGCGAAGCAGCAGUGUCAAAUCAAGGCCACUUAUCGGCUGUUUGUUUGUAUGCCUCGGCCCAGUUUUUUGGUUCUUCUGGCGUGGGGACUAGUAGAGGUCUCUCGAGGCUGACCCUCAGCGGGCAGCACUGAGGUUACUGGUCUGUCACUUAACCAGUUGGUCCUUCUAUCAGUACAUGCAGUGGUACCAUCAAUACGAACACCACUGGAUCAUUCAUACAAGCACCGCUGAAGUUACUGGACUAUCACUAAAGAAAUUGGUCCUUUAAUCUGGGUUUGGCAACAUUCAGUGGUACCUUCAAAAACACCUCUGGAUCAGUCAUAGAAGCUCCACUGACAUUACUGGUCCUUCUAUACAAGCCUGCAACACCUCCAGGCUUAAGGACCAAUGCAAACAGAGGUACCAUCCAAAACAACACCUCUGGAUUGGACAUAGAGGUACCACUGACAUUACUGGUCCUUCUAUACAAGCCUGCAACACCUCCAGGCUCAAGGACCAUUGCAAACAGAGGUACCAUCCAAAACAACACCUCUGGACCGGACAUGGAGAGCAACACUUAAGACACUGUUCCUCCUAUACAAGCCUGCAACACCUCCAGGCUUACAGGUAGUGCUGCCAUCUGUGAGACACCUUUGAGACACCUCCUCCACCUGGCUGGUGCAUACGCAGAGCGCUGGUGGAUGCAGAGCUGAGAACAGGAGAGUUUGGCUACAUUCAUCAUGGGCGGCAGGUCGUUACGCAGAGAGCCGUGCGAGAUUGAGAUGCUGAUACGAUAUUCAUGUUUUUUGAGCUCGAGGUACUUGUUGGAGAUCCUCAUGUACCUUGAGUAAAAAAAACUAUGGUGUCAGCUUCUUGGAUUUUGUGUUGCUCUUUUCGUAACAACCUGGCGCCUAUGGUUGAGUUGGCAAGGCUCUCCUGUUCUGCGGCUCUGGGUGGAUGUGUCGACUAAGCAAGCUUGGGUCGUUUUCUUCGCCCAGGCCAAGCGUGAGAGCUGGUUGGUUAUUGCUAUCAGUUUAUAUGAAGUCUAUUUAUUCUGCACCAUCUGGAGAUAUUGUUGAAGCGUGCGAGAAAGAGAGAGCGAGCGAGAGUCUAGAAGAGAGCUUAUUCACGUUUUAUUUUUUUUCACUCGGAAGAACUACCGCCAAAAACUACUGCUACUACUAUUAUCAUUUUGUUGUAGCUCUCGUAGUCGUCGUAGUUACGGUACUUUUUUAUGGUUUGUAUUUUUUUUCUGCGUCACGACAACUUGGAAAACGACACCUGACAUCCUCCCUUCCUCCUCCUCUGUCGUCGUCGUUGCGUCAUCGUCGUGUCCUUGAGUUCGCUUGACGAUACUUGACUCGGAAGCUUCCACGAGUCGCCUGGCUUAGGAGACACUAUUCCAAGGACUAUUGAUACAGGGAGAGGAUGGCUAAGACUCGAACAUCCAUCUAUUCAACAUCUAUCUAUUUAUCCGUCUGUCACUGUUUGGGUAUGUUCGCCAACUCGCACGCACCGUUCUGUCUCGUCCUCGCCUCAAAAGCUACUAAGGGACACUGACCAUACAUGUUAAAAUCAAAUACUAGGGAUGGAUGUUUGAAAGUACGUAGCCAUUCCCCUGAUACCUCAUUCUGUUUGUGUUUACUCUCCUAGUCCUCCUUUUCAGACAAGAACAGACAGUACAGUUCGACCCAUAAUGAAAACCACAUCUCUGAAAGCACUAUUUUUUCUCUAUUUAUUAUUCUCUUCACAGCUCCUCCAAUAUAUAAUUCAGUAUACCUCAUUCUGUUUGUGUUUACCCUCCUAAUCCUCCUUUUCAGACAAGAACAGACAGUACAGUUUGACCAAUCAUGAAAAACACAUCUCUGAAAGCACCAUUUUUCCUCUAUUUAUUAUUAUCUUCCCAGCUCCUCCAACAUGUAAUUGAGUUUUUAUAUACCUUCCUCGCCUUUCUUUCGACACAAGGGCCGACAGCUCAGUUCUACCUAUCAUGGAAAACAUAUCUGAAAGCACUCCUAUUUUUUCCAACACUCUUCGCAGCUCCUCCUCUGACAUUUAAUUCAGUUUGUGUUUUCCUUUCUAGUCUUCCUUUCAACACAAGAACCAACAGCAUAGUUCUACCCUUGAUGGAGGACACAUAACCCAUCUCUGAAACUACUCCUUCACUCCUCUUUCUCACCCACACAUCACAACACCUUUGCAGCUAGUUCAGUUCAGUACCCUUUUUGUCCUAUCAAACUAUCGUGUUUCGAGUUGACGAACAUACCCCGAUCACCCAAGGAAGCGAGGCCGAUACAAGACUCCACAGGGUUACUAGCGGGCGGGUUAGGCGUCAGCGUAGGCUCUAGAGAAAAGCCGAACCAUAGCCCUGAAAAGACGGUAAAAGGGAGGACUUGCAUAUAUACCUGUUCGGCCCGUGAGAGGAGAUCUUGGCAGAGUUUUCGGGACUUGCCUUUGGAGAGCACUUCGUCACUGUAAGACAUAGCUAUUAUUAUAUGGAGGGGACGCCCGCCAGUCCACACGCCAGUCCAGUCAGCCCUCACACCAGGAAGGUAAUAUUUUUUUGCAUUUAUUGGUUUCUUACAGUUACGAAAGCUGUUGCGAAAUGUACAUUGAUAGAGACUUCAUUCUGGGAGUACCAUAAAUAACUGUUAACUUGUACUAGAAAAUGAUGAAGCUUCGGGUAUCGAUAGUUAUUUCAUUUAUUUUUCUGCAGCUACGAAGGCAGUUUGGGAAGUUGCGAGUAUUGAUAGCGACUUUAUUAUGGCCAUACAGCAAACAUCUAUACACUUGUACUAGAAAAUAUAUUAAGCUUUGGAUAUUGAUUGUUUUCUUUAUUUAUUUUCUUAUGCAGUAAUGAAGGCUGUUACGAAGUGAGUACAGCGAUCAUCUAUAAACUCAAACUAGAAAAUAUAUAAAGCUUUGGGUAUUUAAACAAGCAAACAAGUUAUAUAUCAAUAGACACUCUUCAUUUUGGUCUAUUAUCUCAUACCAGGAAAUAGUAAGCUUAGGGUAUGUAUAUAUAUAUAUUAACAUGAGCAAGGUCUAUUAUGUAUAGGUCAAUAGACAACCAUUUUUCAAACCCUACGACAUGGCACCGAGUCAACCGGUGCCGAGAUGAACAUAUAUCUAUAGUUCUUGAGUCGACCUUAUCUGAUCUUACAGCAAUGCAUUCGUAAACUCGCCUCAGCUCUGAGUAAGGUCGGUAUCCUGAGAUGUCUCCGCCUCCUAUGCCAAUGAUUUCCAACAGUCGAAAAGAAGUUUAAUCGCAUCCUCAAUUUUUUUUUUUAUGUUUACAGUGCAGAAGCUUUAUCAGGCUACCACUGGGGUCAUAAAACUACCCCUGGAAUGGCCUGUGACUCCUGCAAAAAGCCCUGUCUGAUGUGUGCUUGGAUGCUGAAAAAUUUUGAUAAUGUGACCCUAAGUUUGGUGUGUGGGCAGACUGGCCUGGUGUGUGUGUCUGUGUGGACUGGCGGACAUCCCCUCUCAACCGCAUUACCCUGGGAACAUGCAGCCCUUCAUAAGGUGUGACUCGCAUGGUCUAACAGUGAACUAUAAGACCCAUAACCUAGACCAGUUGUUUUUCGUCCCUUGUAUUGGUUUGGCAAGGCAUAGUUUUCGCCCUCGACCUUUUCCUCUGUUUACGUUCCGUGGUGUAGGGAGUGCGAGUUUCUGUUUGUCAAUGGUCUGUCUAGUGAAGGCGAUCAUUGUACGGUUUGUCUUUUCCUCCUCGGUUUGUGUACAUUACUGUAGAAUGGAAGAGCUGUUUGUACAAAAGGAAAAGUUGUUCCUUGUAUAUAAGUUAGUGUGGUAUGUUCCUCCCUCCUCCUGCCUUGAGUCACUCUUGUUUCUCAUUCUGUCAUUUUGUGAUCCCUACCCUUCCCUUCCUGCCCUUCCUGCCCUGCCCCCACCUCCUCCUCACCCUCACCCCCACCCAUGGUUUAUGUACUGGUAUACAUUUAAACAUUCAUUGUCAUUACUUGUGAACUGUUGACGUGGCCGCAAACUUUCACCGGGAGUUGUGCAGCUUGCCGGCAGCCUCCACGGACCAGCGGCAGAGCGUCAUCAGCAGCGGCGAGAGUUUCGGACACGUCGAGACAGCACUUCCCAGUAACCAGUUGCUUGUAAACACUUCCUCCUCGUGCACAGGACAAACAACGUGGCUAAGAUCUGGGGCCUGCCCGACGUGCUGCCCCGCCCCGCCUCGCCGCGGUGCCGGGCAGCGCGGCGGAGUGUAGUCGGUGUAUUUUUCACACUAGUCUGUAACGCCCGAUCGGUCAGUCCCGGAUAAAUUUGUACUGUGUGUACAGUGUGCAGCGUGUCAUGAUGAUAAAUGUCACACCUUAAUGUA